AUGUCGUCCCCGGAUGACUUUGACUCGCUCUACGCAAAUCUGCCAAAGACUGGAACUGUGCCCAGCGUGAGCGCAAACAUCGCGAGCACCUCCUACUUCGCGGACCCUCUUGCGAACUUUGGCACCUCGUUCGCCAGCAGCCAAAGAGCUGGUCAAGAUGUCAACACAGGCAAGCGCCCAGCCAUGUCACCAAGCUCAACAGAAACACCGCACGAUUCUCUGGCCCGGCCAGCACUCACUCACGCAACAUCCAAAGACGAACCAUUUCCCUUUCCCGAACCAGGACAGGAUUGGCGUUUCAACCGAGAUUUCCAUCCCAGUAUCAGCAUACCGGAGCGUUAUAGAAUACUGGAAGAAGAACGUGAAUUCAGACAACAAAGACUACAGAUUCACCAGGACCUGGCAUUGCGAGAGAGGCAGAAGCGUCAGAACGGAGGAGGGGCCCCAGGGACGGGAGCCGAACUCUUUUCAUCGAAACAAGGACAACUUGAAAGCAGCAAUCAUCUCGGGGAGGAAGACCUGAAGAAGUCCAAAAAGAAGAUGACCAAGGGGGAGAAGGAGUGGGCAAAGAGAGAAGAGAGGAAGGCGAGGUCUGCUCAGGACACUGCGCUGUGGAUAGAGCAGUUGGCGAGGGAGCAGCAGGCUGGGAAUACAGGCAAGGUGGAAAAGAUAAAGAAGGAGAGACAUUGCUCGUGCCCUAGCCUGGGGGGUUGUAUCAAUGCCUGUUUCGAGGGUUUUAUUAUGGAGAUGAGGCUUGACCGAGUGACCUUUAAGGCCUUGAGGGAGGAUGGGAUUGCUGGAAACGAGAUCAUUCGGGAUGAUGAGGGGACAUGGAGAGGUCGUACUGAGGUCCUCGGGAAAAUUGUCCCUGACCUCGUGGUGUAG